AUGACUGCCCCAAAAUCCUUCCAAUCACCAUUGACAACGUCCCAAAUUCAUCUACCCAAAGAGAGGCGAAAUCUGCAGAAGGAAGUUUUAGCUGCUUUGUUUAUCACUUCUGAGAAGCCUGAGGAGUUGCCUGCAAGAACAGCUAAACCCAGGCCAGGUUUGCUUGUUUCCCUUGAACUCAAUGACGGGUCCUAUCCGGCGAACCUUCAGGUCAUCGUUGACGCCGCCGUAGCGCCUCUGGGCCAGCUCGUGCAGAUCAGCACGUGCGUGCACGUGGAGAGCUCGCUCAAGGUUCCUCCUGAGGGGACGAAGCAGAGGGUGGAGUUUAGGGUUGAGAAGGUCCAUCACGUUGGUCCUGUGGAUCCAGCCAAGUAUCCGUUGCCUAAGACCAGGCUAACCCUCGAGUUUCUAAGAGUUUUUGUUCACUUUCGGUCAAGAACCAACAUGAUUCCCGCGGUUGCCAGAAUAUGUAAUGCAUUGGCUUAUGCUACCCACACAUUCUUCCUAAAUCAUGGCUUUCUCCAUGCGCACACUCCAAUUAUCACCACCAGUGAUUGUGAGGGUGCUGGUGAAAUGUUUCAAGUUACAACCUUGAUUAGUGAUGCGGAAAAGGUGAAAAAGGAGCUUAUUAAGAAUCCUUCUCCAUCAGAAGCUGACAUCGAAGCUGCCAAGGCACUUGUUAAGGAGAAAGGAGAGGCUGUUGCCCAACUAAAAUCUGCUAAAGCCAGUAUGGGGGAAAUCACCGCAUCUGUGGCUGAACUUAACAAGGCUAAGGAGAAUCUCUCAAGGCUGGAAGAGCGAUCUAAGCUUAAGCCUGGUAUCCCUCAAAAAGAUGGGAAGAUUGAUUAUUCCCAGGAUUUCUUUGCCCGUCAAGCAUUUUUGACUGUUUCUGGCCAACUGCAAGUUGAGACUCAUGCAUGUGCUAUUGGCAGUGUUUAUACAUUUGGGCCAACUUUCCGAGCUGAACACUCUCACACAUCAAGGCAUUUGGCAGAAUUCUGGAUGGUGGAGCCUGAAAUAGCAUUUGCAGAUCUUAAGGAUGAUAUGAAUUGUGCGGAGGCCUAUGUGAAAUUUCUUUGCCAGUGGUUACCUGACAAUUGCAUUGAUGAUAUGGAAUUCAUGGCUAAAAAUUUUGAUAAAGGCUCCAUUGAUCAUCUAAGAAUGGUUGCAUCAAUGCCCUUUGAGCGAAUUUCAUACGCAGAGGCAAUCAAACUUCUGGAGGAAGCAGUCAAGAAAGAUAAGAAAUUUGAGAAUAAAGUGGAAUGGGGGAUUGAUUUAGCAUCUGAGCAUGAAAGAUUCUCGGCAGAGGUAUUAUUUAAGAAGCUUGUUAUUGUUCAUGAUUACCCAAGAGGAAUUAAAGCAUUCUACAUGAGGCUUAAUGAUGACAUGAAGACUGUAGCAGCUGAUAAGCCACUGAGGCAGGAAGUGAAUAUACAUUACAAUAGCAACAGUGGCAACGACAGUGGCAAUAAUAGCACAGAGGAGAGCUCCAGCCCCACAGACUUUGACCUCCAUGAAAGCUUGGAGCCCAUCCUCCUUAAUCAAGCCUCAUUGGUGAAAGCUUGGCAUGGCCAUUUUUGGGCCAUAGUGCCAUUUCCCAUUUCACCUUCUCUAAUUUUGAAAAAUAUUCUUUUAAAUCCCUUUCUUCAAAUAAUUUUCUAGAUCUUAGUUUGUUUUAAAAUAAUUUCAAACUCAUCCAUUUUUCAUCCUUAGUUUUUUUCUUAG